AUGGGGACGCCAGGGGAGGGGCUGGGCCGCUGCUCCCAUGCCCUGAUCCGGGGGGUCCCGGAGAGCCUGGCGUCAGGGGAGGGUGCGGCAGCUGGCCUCCCGGCUCUGGACCUAGCCAAAGCUCAGAGGGAGCAUGGGGUGCUCGGGGGUAAACUGAGGCAGCGAUUGGGGCUGCAACUAGUAGAACUGCCUCCUGAAGAGUCGCUGCCGCUGGGACCGCUGCUCGGUGAUACCGCCGUGAUCCAAGGGGAUACAGCCCUAAUCACGCGGCCCUGGAGCCCCGCCCGCAGGCCAGAGGUCGAUGGAGUCCGCAAAGCCCUCCAGGACCUGGGGCUCCGAAUUGUGGAGAUGGGGGACGAGAACGCGACGCUGGAUGGCACUGAUGUUCUCUUCACCGGCCGGGAGUUUUUCGUAGGCCUCUCCAAGUGGACCAAUCAUCGAGGAGCUGAGAUCGUGGCAGACACGUUCCGGGACUUUGCCGUCUCCACGGUGCCCGUUACAAGCUCCUCCCACCUGCGUGGCCUCUGCGGUAUGGGGGGACCCCGCACCGUGGUGGCGGGUUCCAGCGAAGCGGCCCAAAAAGCUGUCAGGGCAAUGGCAGUGUUGACUGAUCACCCCUAUGCCUCCCUGACCCUCCCGGAUGACGCAGCGGCUGACUGUCUCUUUUUGCGUCCUGGGCAGCCUGGCCUGCCCCCUUUCCUCCUGCACCGCGGAGGCGGGGACCUGCCCAACAGCCAAGAGGCACUGCAGAAGCUCUCUGAUGUCACCCUCGUACCUGUGUCCUGCUCAGAACUGGAGAAGGCCGGCGCUGGGCUCAGUUCCCUCUGCCUGGUGCUCAGCACACGCCCCCACAACUGA